AUGGAUUCUAAUAUAGCGAAAUCAUGGAACGCAGUAUUAAAAGAAGCACGAGAAUUCCCCUUCAUCUCCAUGUGUGAGUACAUACGUACAACACUUAUUAGUUGGUUUGCACUUCGACGUGCCAAAGCGUUGGAGCAUAAAGGGACGCUAACACCAAAUGUGCAAGGGCACGUUGAAUUAAACUUUGAAUCCUCCACUUCGUCGGCCGUUUGUGGAAUAAGUGAAACUGAGUUUCAAGUGAUGGCCCAAAGUGGGGAGUGUUUCUUGGUCAACCUCUUAUCCGGCACGUGUUCAUGCAAUGCGUUCCAGGAGCUACGCAUCCCAUGUCCGCAUGCGAUGGCUGCAGCAGGCCGCGCUAAUAUCCGUACUGACUCUUUGGUGGCUGCUGCGUAUUAUGCGGACACAUGGCAUAGUACUUACGAGGCAAAAAUUUACCCCAUUCCAUCUGUAGGUGGAAACAAAAUUGGAGGAGAAUAUGCGGGGGAUCUACUACCGCCUGAGGUUAGGAGACCACCUGGGAGGCCACGGAAGGUCCGUAUCUUGUCGUGGGGGCAAGAUAAGCAUGCUGGAAUGAAGGGAAGUAGGAAAUGCACAAGAUGCAGGGGGGGAAGGCCACAACAAGGCCUCAUGCCGUAG